CAAAUUAUCUCCAUACCUAAGACAUGCAGAAAAAAAUGGAGAAUAGGGUUUCCAGCCCGUCUAUUUUUCAGUUGGAGACAAUGGAAUUGAAGAGAAUGAUGAAGGAAUUAGGAGGCGGAAUUACAGAGGAAUCACCAAUUUCAAAGCCUCAAAAUUCAAACGUUCCCAUUGCCACGCCUUCUCCGAAACCAAACCCUAAAAAUUCCAGCGUUGUCGUUGCCAUGCCUUCUUCCCCAAAAACUGUCCGAAAGAAAAAAAGAGAUUAUCUGCAAAGAGGGCAAUGGCUUCGCGCAGCUGUUCUGGGAUUGAACGAGGGAGUUGUGAGCACAGCAUGGCUGAUGAUUGGGACGGGCGCGGGAAAGUCGGGCGUAAAAACCAUGCUGGAUACGGGGCUGGCGGCUGUGGCGGCGGGGUCAUGUAGCAUGGCCAUUGGCGAAUUCAUUUCUGUGAAAAUACAGCACGAUGUAGAACUGGCGAACUUCCAGAGGGAGAACAAGUCCCUCAAGGGAUUCGAACACGCCACAUUUAUAAUUAGCCUUCCAGAUCCUAUUGAGGCGGCUUGCGCAUCGGCUCUUGCUUUUUCUGUGGGAGCGCUUUUCCCCUUAAUCUCUGCGGUUUUUGCCACUCACUAUAUAACUCGAGUUUGGUUGCUGGCUGGGGUUUCUAGCUUGGUUCUCAUCUUGAUUGGCGCCAUUGGAGCUUACUUUGCUUGUUCUUCAAUUGUGAAAGGGAGUUUAAGAGUGCUGUUGGGUGGAUGGAUUGCUUGUGUAGUAAGCUUUGGCUUGCGCAAGCUCUUUAAUAGUAGUGAACAACAGUAUGAAGUAUGACUAGACUGUCAACCCAAAUGAGAUUCCAAGGAUCUUACUAUCAUUAUUUCAUUUCAAUUAAUGCUGUCCCAAUGGGAAUAUGUUGUUUUUCAUUCCGUUAUGCAAAGGAGCUCUAGGUUUGCAAUAACUGAUCUUCUAUAGCUACUCAAUCAAAACCAUUCAGUGUAAGCCAGUUCAGU